CUUCAUUUGCUCUGAAUGAAUUAUUUAAAAUUCUUCAUCAACCAGUUUCUGCUGCCAGUUAUUCUAGCUGUAGCAAUUACAGUUGUUUAUAAUCAGUACAACGAAUUUGCGACAAAUAAAUCAAAGGACAGGACUAACCAGAGUUUUAACAAAACGAACUUCUUUUCUUCUGUUAUAUGUCGAGGAAAUAAUCAUACUGAUCGGUUCUGCAAAUUCAAAAACUUGUGUUAUUAUCCUGUUUCUGAAUCAUUCAUAUUUUUUCAUAGUGUCUAUUCUAUAGAACUAGGUAUUCCAAAGGAAAGAUUUUCUCCUGCUUUGCUAGAUUUUUCAUCUGUUUUUGAUCACAAUACUCAGUACUUUAGCUAUAUUGAUUUACCUGAUUCCUCCAUUUUAAACUUCAACUCAUCUUUAAUUAAGGGUAAUUUUUUAAUUUUCAAACGUUUUAAUCCUGAGAAUCUCAUGCAUGUAUUUCAUGAUGAUCUCUUACCUGCAUUUGUGACACUUAAUGAAGUUUCAGACUUUGUAGAUGAGCAAGGUAUGGAAAAAUUAUUCUUCGCAUUUGCUGAUGGAUUGCCGCCAGGUCCAUACAAAGAACUAUAUGAGAAUUUUUUGACAAACAAACCUCUGUAUUUUUCUACUUUUUCUAAAGGGGAUUUGUUCUGCUUUGAGAACGCCUAUGUAGGCUUGAAUAAAGCUUCAACGUGGUACAACUAUGGAUUCAAAGAACCGCAAAAGCCUAUUUUGCAAAACAUGGAUAAUAUUUAUCCUAUAAUUGAAAGUUUUCGAAAUUAUUUCAUAAAUAAAUUUUCCAUUCCACAUUCUAGUUCAAAUACUGCUGUUCUUUUGACAAGAAAAUUGAAUCGUAAAAUUUUAAAUGAUGAAGACAUUGUUAAAGAAAUUGAACAUUGUUCAAGUUUGAAGACAAAUGUCGUAAACCUUGAAAAUUUCUCCAUUAUUGAAGCAAUUCAAAUGGUAUUGCAAAGUAAACUUGUUGUGGGAAUGCAUGGAUCUUUACUGAUAAUUUCUCUUUUUCUAUCCCCUAACUCUGUCGUUGUCGAAUUAUUUCCUUAUGGGGUAAGUCCAAAUAUAAGUGUUCCAUAUAAAACACUUGCUUUAAUUUUAAAACUUGUUUAUUAUUCCUGGGAAAAUACAAUAGCAGAGAAUUCCAUUCCACACCCCGAAUAUUCUCCUGAGUAUGGAGGACUCCUUCACCUUUCAAAAGAUGAGCAAAUUGCAAUCCAAACAUCCAUGGUUUUGCCUUUUAUUUGCUGUUCAGAUCCCGUAUGGCUUUAUCGAAUAUACCAGGAUACCAUUAUAGAUGUUUACUCUUUCCGAAAUGUCCUGAGAGAUGCUUGGAGAAAACACCUUGAAAUAAAGACUAAAGAAGCAAAACUUUUUCCUAAGAAGUUUUUGCUUCCUUCAGAAGUUCAGAACAUUUCUUGUACUAACUUAUCUGAGAAUAAGACUUUAGUUAUAUCUUGGGAGUCACCUUGGAACAUUUUUUACUUGCAAGUUGAAGUGAUUGAAUAUGAGCUUUGGAUUCAGAUAGUAAAUAGUGAGGAUGUAAAAGCAUUCCUUAUGAAAAGGAACACAUUCAUGUAUCCUUCUAAAAGUGCCAAUGAAGAACAUUAUAUAUGGGUUAGAUGUUAUGCCGAUGGAAAAAAAGGCCCCUUUAAUACAGCUCCUAUUGUUUGUUAAUUAUUUUCCCUUGAGUUUGUUUUUAAGAGCAGUGGUGACAUUAGAUUAUUAUUUUUUCCUUAAUUGCAGUUGCCUCUUUUUUUUAUUAUCUAAGUAAUACCUAUACUGGUUAUAUUUCAGUUAGCAUUUAACAGCAUAUGUGAAUCACUUUCUAACAAAAUGAAUUUAUGAUAAUCAUUGCAAUAACUAAUUUACUAACAUUAGCUAAUUAGUUGUCUUUUUUUAAAUUUGUCAAUUUCGUCUUGAAAUUGUUUUAAAAAAAUAUUCCUUUUCAAAUAUCAGCUUAAGCUGGCAUCAA